GCUCCGGACGCUUGGGGGGCCGCCCCCCCCCGCCGGCUGGCCGGCGCCGGGUGCUCCAAUGAGAGCGGCUGCCUCUGCCUGCCUCGCGGAGCCCGAGUCCCGGCCCUGCGUGCGCGAGUCCGGCAGCAGGCGAGGAUGAUGCCGGCUCUGGCCGCCCAGAGGCGGGGAUGGCGCUGCCUCAACCGGCUGUACCUGCGGUGCCCGGCGGCGCAGCUCAGCCGGGUCUGCCACGGAUGGCAAGGCUCAAUGAAAUGUGGAAGUCUCUCUCACAUACUGCCAUGCAGUCGUCUACCAGUCCAGUCACUGAGUCAAGUGAGAGUUUACACCUCUGAUGGUCAGAAAAAAGGCCCUGUACCAGGCCCUGAAGGAGCUGUGCACAAACCUGCACGGGAUACCAGCAGUGCAGGCCAAAAACCACUUUUAUUGCAAGAGCCAAUCCAAGUAAAAGUUAAAGCAGUUCUUAAAAAGAGAGAGUAUGGACCAAAAUACACACAAAAUAAUUUCAUCACUGGUGUCAGAGCAAUAAAUGAGUUCUGUCUUAAAUCCAGUGAUCUAGAACAGCUGAGGAAAAUCAGACGACGAAGUCCCCAUGAUGAUACUGAGGCUUUCACUGUAUUUUUGAGAUCAGAUGUAGAGGCAAAAUCUCUAGAAGUUUGGGGAAGCCCGGAGGCUCUUGCUAGAGAGAGAAAACGGCGUAAAGAAGCAGAGAUAGAAUACAGAGAAAAUCUGUUUAGAAACCAAAAGCUGUUAAAGGAGUACAAAGAUUUUCUUGGGGAUACUAAGCCACGCUCCAGCACAGCCGGUAUGUUGCUCAAAGGACCAGGAAAGGUGGUGAUGGUUGCUAUUUGCAUAAAUGGGUUGAAUUUUUUCUUUAAACUACUCGCUUGGGUUUACACGGGUUCUGCAAGCAUGUUUUCAGAAGCUAUACAUUCUUUAGCAGACACUUGCAACCAGGCUUUGCUAGCAUUGGGCAUCAGUCAGUCUGCAAGGACACCAGACCCUAGUCAUCCAUAUGGCUUCACAAAUAUGCGCUACAUUGCCUCCCUAAUUAGUGGGGUCGGCAUUUUCAUGAUGGGUGCAGGACUUUCCUGGUAUCAUGGAAUCAUGGGUUUACUUCAUCCUCAGCCCAUGGAAUCUCUUCUUUGGGCUUAUUGUAUCUUAGCAGGAUCACUGGUGUCUGAAGGAGCUACCCUUCUUGUUGCUAUAAAUGAAAUUCGAAGGAGUGCCCGGGCCAAGGGUCUAUCAUUUUAUCAAUAUGUCAGGCUGAGUCGUGAUCCCAGUACAAAUGUGGUGUUGUUGGAGGAUGCUGCAGCAGUUUUGGGUGUGACGUUAGCUGCUACUUGCAUGGGUCUGACUUCUUUAACAGGCAACCCUUACUAUGACAGCCUGGGAUCUCUAGGUGUGGGAACUUUGUUGGGAGCUGUAUCAGCUUUUCUCAUCUACACCAAUACAGAAGCAUUGCUGGGACGAUCCAUUAAUCCUGAGCAAUUACAGCGACUUACUGAGUUACUGGAGAGUGACCCUGUCGUUAGAGCAAUUCAUGAUGUUAAAGCCACAGACAUGGGAUUGAGCAAAGUGAGAUUCAAGGCAGAAGUAGACUUUGAUGGACGGGUUGUGACUCGUUCUUACCUGGAAAAGCAAGACAUUGAACAGCUGCUACAAGAAAUUCAGCAGGUGAAAACUCUUGAGGAAUUAGAAGCCUUCAUGCUUAAACAUGGAGAGAAUAUCAUUGACACACUGGGAGCUGAAGUAGACCGGCUUGAAAAGGAGCUAAAGCAACGCAAUCCUGAUGUUCGACAUGUAGAUUUGGAAAUAUUGUAGAUUUGACAGAAGAAAUCCGUGGAGUACUUUCUUUUGGAAACAAGUUUGCACAGAGAUGGAACAGCUAUUGAAACUGCAGUCACUUCAAUACCAUACCUCAUUUACUUCAUGCUGUAGGCUUCCUGAACUGUUGUUACUGAAUCAGUUUCCAGAACAGCUUUAGAUUCAGAGUCAACAACUUUGUAUAGAAGAUCAGUUCAACAAAAGCUACUUAGCAUAAUUUCUACAUGAGACUGUUGGAGGUGAAUUUAUUUGGGAAUUGGAACUUAAAUCUUUUAGUUUCUAUAAGGCAAAUGUUAAUGCCUGAAAAUACACAGAAGAUAGUUUCCCCAUUUCAAUUUUUUGUCAACUUGCACAUCAGUUUGCACUCAUUUAACUACUUCCUUCUAGAAGCCAUUGGAGGUAUUUGCAAGAUACAGAUGUUUUAAUGCUAGAACAGGCUUUGUUUCAUUUGUUCAACCUGCCAAUCUUGAACCAGUUGUUAUAUUCUAGCUAUAUGGUCUCCUUUUUUUUCCUCUGAGAUCAGUCCCUCCAAAAAAACCAGCCCUUUUCUCGAGUGUCAUGAUUUGGAAACUUGCUUCUGCCAGUGUUGCAAUUAUUGAUGUAACCUCAGAGGAUCAGAUCAGUCUCUUGAAUGCAGUUGGCUUUGGGCUUGGCCUAGAGUACGUUGUUACUGCGCAGGAUGUAGAAACCUCAACAAACUUUUUUUUUGUAGAUGAUCUUGGCCUAUGCCUUGUGUUUAGGUUUUUUUCUCUUUUUGUUGCUUUAACUUGCUAACAUUGGAGGAUAUAACAUGGGGAAUGAUUUAUUUAGUAGUUUUCUGGUUUUUUUUUCAUUUGGCUUUUUAUAUUUUUAAGAGGCAAUAUUCUGCGAAUGAUCUUUGCUAGCAAAAGCAAGAGGUGUGUAGAAGUUUUAACACAUUCUAGAAAUAUUUAUAAUUAGAUGUGAAGAUGGUACUAAUUUAUUUAUACAGGCACUACUUGUAUGAAUCUGAAUUGUAGAUAGCUUUUUGGGUUUUGUUUUUUUUUUCAGAAAAAAACCCUUUGUGUGGGGGAAGUAAAACAAUUGUGCUGAAAUAUAUGUCAGGGCUGUCAGUAAUCCCAAAACUUAGUGUAUAGAAUUUACGUGUUUGAAAUGCACAUUUCUAGUGUUUUACAAAAUGAGUUUCUAGAAUAAGGCUUUCUGCAAUAGGUAUCCAAGUCAUAGCAGACUCUGUAAGAAAUCAUCUUUUAAUAAAGGCUAAGUGAGUACGAAUCAUGCAAAUCUAGUAAUUGAAAUAUUAAUGGAAUAAUUACCGAUAAAUCUUUCUCCAAGAAAAACCCUUUAUGCACUUUAAAACGUUUCAGUAACAUGAAAAUUGCUCAUGGGAGAGAGGUGGCAAUAAGAGCAUCCUGAUGAUUCUGCUGCUGAGUAGUCUAGUGACUGACAUGCUGAGGUCAGAAUUGUUGAUAGGGAACACAAGUCAUCAAAAUCAAUUUGUUAUGAUUAAAUCCUAUGCAUUGCAGCAAAUAAUAAUGGUGGAGACCAAAAUGUCAGGAUUUGAUUAAAUGUUUUGUAAUAGUAUUUUUUUAAAAUGUAAAAUGUCAUUUGCCAGUGAAUUAUGAGAAUUUAAAAUAGCAUGCCUUUUGACAAUCACAAAACACUGCAUGCUGUGCAUUUUAAAUAAAAUGACAUUCCAAAGUUGAGUUUUUAGAGAUGAGGCUUUAUGUACUGUAAUGUGUGUCAUUGUGUUACAUAAUUGGGAAUGAAGGGUCUGUUAGUACCCUUGCCUAUAAUUCCUAUUCUUUCUCUUCUCAUCAGUCAUUUGUUUAUAACCUAUUAGUGCUUAAUCUAAGGGAAGACUUGAUUUUUAUCUGGCUUUCUCCCACUGUAGUACUAAUUAGAUUUGUAGUAUGUCCUUAAGACUGAUAAUUAGAAAUGUGUUUAAUAAAAAGUGAUAUUUUUAUAGUUAAUUGCACAUAUUUGUAAAAUGUUACAACUUUGUGGGUAGUUUCCCAAAUAUCUAAUGAGGGACACUGGUCCAUUCGAAAUGGUUUACUUUUGCGUUUUUUCUGCAAGUCUGCGUCUCCAUAUCCCAGCAUGCACUCUGCUGAUGACAUAAUCAUCCUGGAAGAGCACUGGAACUUGGCUCUGAUUAAUGCAAAUCCUAUUUAUCUUAUCUUCUCUCUCUCCCCCACUCUCUCCCAUAAAGCACUAUAAAGUACUGUUACUGAAGAAAAACAAAAAUUGUAAAAACCUGUAAGGGAGGGGCAAGAAUCUGAACAUUGCCUCUGGCCAUUACUCUUCAGUGGUGUAUGUGAUGUCACAAGUGACAUGUAUGGUGGACCAUCAUGAAUAGGAGUCAGUAAUCUAUAAGGGGAGUUUGUAUAUUGUGUUCCUGAAACAUCCCCAAAGGUUAGUAAAUAUUAGGAAUGUACUGAAAUGCUCCCUUAUCUAGUUUAUAGAGAAAUUUAAGCACCUCAUCUUCAGGUGCAUACUACUCUGAAAAAUGUUUGUGUAAAAAAUGGUACUUUCUCAGUCAUAGCUGCUCCCUGCAUGUUUUCUGAUUCAUAUCUGCCUACUUCAGUGACAAAAAUAAGAUUGUAUUGCUUUUUAUUGUCUUUGCAGAACUAUGAAAAAGUGAGCUGGAUUCUGUUGCUUCUGUCUUCAACAAGAUUGACUAAAUUCCAAUUGUUUACAUCUUUGCAAUCCCUUUGGAGGCUGUAGGUUUGCACAGGCCUCAUUAAGAAUCUAAUUUUAUUUGCAAAGACACUUUCAUUGGUGGCGAUGCACGAGGAAAGACCCCAGUUUGGUUCUGAGAGCCCAGCACGGGUUUUCAUGGCUUGCAUUCAGUUAAAAUGUCUUCUACAUUGAGCAUGACUGAUAACAGAAAUUGACCUAAUAAACUUGGUACUUUGAGAAGGGAAUCACACUUUAAAGUGGCAGCAAUUUAAAAUAUAUGUGCAGAUUGCUGUUAAUAUUUUUUUAGUGAAAACUGUUACUCGGAUUUAAGCUACAGUAUUUUCAUGGUCUAAAGAAUGGGUUGAACUGGUUCCAGGAUUUGGUUUAGCCUCGUUACAGUACUCUGGACGGAAGAUUUUUGAGAUAGUUUCUGUGGUAGGAUAUUUUGGAUUAAAGUAAAUUUGCAAAGUACCGAGGAAUUGGGUGUUUUCUUCAUGAACUAUAGAUGUGACACCUUAACAUGUCCCUUAAUACUACCUCUGAUUUGAAAGAGUGGUAAAAUCAAUGGAGCAAGGAAUCCGCUAAAAUUAAAAUGUUUGUUCUAGGAUUUUUUUUCAAUAAUUUUUCCUCUAUUGUCUCUUAAAGCCAUGGAAUAUAUUUAUUUUUAGAGAAUUCUGUUGCCCUUACAGCCUUUAUUUUGCAAAACAAGAUUCAGACAACUCUCUCCAUUUAUUUUGUGGGAAAUACAUUCUCUUUAGUUGCAUGAUACUUCAUAAUUCAAUCUGGUUAACAUUAAGGUAAUGCUGAUUGACAGGAUAUAUUUUGAGGAAAGAGUCUAACCACUGCAACCACUGAGGGCUCACAGUUUUACGGUCUCAUUAGAUUCCUCUUUUUUCUUGGACUUCUAUGUAGACUUCCUGAAUACUUUGUCUUCUGAUGCUGGACAUGAGAUUGUAUCCUUUCCCCUUCAGAUGGGACCUUCACUAUGGUUAUCUAUAGUUGUAAUCUCAAGGCUAGGGACUCUACUUGGGGCUAAUCUUGAAGGCUAUCCAGAAUCUUCAGCUGGUACAAUAUAUGUGCCGCGCCUCACAGUUGAGUAGGGCAGACUGGCAGGAGUAUAUUGUACUUAUGCGCUGAACUUCAGAUUGACUCCCAGUUCACAGUGGAAUUUAAUUCAAGAUGCUGGUCACUAUCUAUUAAGCCCUAAAUGGUGUAAGCCUCGGUUGUCUGAUACUGUUCCACCUGGGCUCAACAUAAGCUCUUCAGCUUUUUCUGUCGCAAGGGUUAAGGUCACAGGACCCCGACGUUCUCAGUGGUUGUCCACCUCUUUAAUACUCACACAUGCUAGAAAAGUAUGUGGACUGCAUUCACAUUAGGAAUGUGACUUAGAUUAGUUUCCUGCUAACUGAAGGUCUGGGAUCUCCUGGCAUUUCAUCCUACUAGCAAGUUUGGUUCUGGUUUUUGUGAGAGAAUACGAUAAAUCUAACCUUUUGGAAGUGUGGCAAAACAUACUGUGAUGGGUGCACCAAAUCCACAUAAGUCCCAAAAAUAGAGGAUAUUAUCUUUGUAUAUGGCAGAAAGUUUGUCAUUUAUUUGAAAUUUCAUUUAAAUUAUCUUGUUCAUACAUAAUUUGGAUUGAGGCAACUUUACAACAAAUGGAUGCAUGGGAAUUUAUUGGGAUGACUUUGGGUUUGGCAGAAAAAUCUUUCUUGUGAUAACUUAUUCUCAUGGCAGUCAGGCCUAGCAGAAUAGAACGAUCAAUACUAGAGAGUACUGAUACCUGUGGUAAAGCUAAAAAUGGCCUAUAAUUGCCCCAAAGUUUAUAUUGCUGAGGUGAGUUUAAAAUGAAAAUAUCAUUCUGUACCUUUAUUGCUAUGUACUAUGUUUUUGUGUUUUCUAUGUUUGUACUUUCUGAGUAUCGAGAAACCAACAGGUGAAUUGGAAUGAUAAUUCAUGUAAUUGGGCAUGUUGAGGCAUACUGAAAGAUUUUCCAGAAAGGGAGGAAUGCACCAUCAUCUUUUAAAUAGGUUAUUUUCCCACUGUUUAGUAAGGCAAAUAGAUAUUUAAUAGUUUAGGUUGUUUCACAUACUAAAAUAGAUGGAAAAAGAAUAUCAGUUCACUAUGGGUUAGAACAGGGGUCUCAAACUCAAAUGACCACGAGGGCCACAUGAGGGCUAGUUCAUUGGCCCGAGGGCUGCAUCACUGACACCCCCCUCCACCCCUUCCAUGAGGCCC